AUGCCGCCUACCUAUUCUAUAUUCGGAAUGGUUCAUGCUACAAAACCCAAAACCCAUGAUCAAAUUACAUCUCAUGAUCAAACUGCAUUUCAUAAUCAAAUUACAUCUUUUAGUCAAAUUAUGUCUUAUCAAACUAUACAACCAAAUGGUCAAAUUAUGUCUCACCAAACUAUACAACCAAAUGGUCAAAUUAUGUCUCACCAAACUAUACAACCAAAUG